UAAAGUGUGGAGACCGUUGCUAAGGGUCGACCAGAGAAUAUCCUUGUAGCAGGAAAUCGUUGACGGUUAUAGUACAAAUUGCAAUUGACAAAUUCAUCACACGACCCCAAGGACUCUGCACAUUGUGGAAGUCUAUGCGAGUAAAACAUCAAUCACUUUGACACCACCUUCGUAAUAGUUAACUCAAAGCUAAAAGUGUAAACCGAACCGAAAUUUUUCGUAUUUUUCACAUUCAAACGUCAGUUGGAUUUACAUUUUACUCGCAUGGUAAUGACAGGUCGGAGUAUUCUAUUAAGUAAAUCAUUCAAGACAUGGUCAUUCAAGUCAUUCAUCCUAAAAUACUACGAUUUCUGCUUAUAUUCUACGCGUUACCAUAAAUGCCGUAACUCAACCUUAACCUUAUUGGCAGCAACUGCGUCAUUAGACGAAUGACACUUUACAACACAAUUAGGCACGAGUCAAUAUGGAGGAAGAACUAGGAACAGCGAGGAACACCUUUGGUGAUCGUCGCCCAAAAGCUAUAGGACUCCGGACAUUUGCUAAGUAGCCACCACAUACGUCGUAUACGUGAUUCGAUUGGGAAGAGUCGAUUAAUUGAUUUCUAUUGUUUACAGGCUGCUCGCUCCACGAUUUUCUAUAUAAAUGAUCCAAACUAACCAGGGAAGGUUUAGUCGGUUUGCCAUUCUGCUGGAUCUCAAUGUCUUGUGGCUUGGAUACUGGUUAUGGCGUCUCUAUGGUAUUACUCAAGGUAGUCUUGCUGAAGUAAUUCUACAAACAAACAACCAUCCAACUAAUUUCAUUGUGCAAGCUGCACUCUUUUAUUUGAUCAUUCUUCAUGAAUUUUCAAUAUUGACUUAAUGACUACCAGAUCGGUGUAUCCGUAGAAUGACGUUGAUCUCACUUGCCUCCACUCCUCCGAUAUCCAAAUUUCCAUAUAUUUACCGACAGAGAGGGAAUUCACUGGUAUUCGGCUAAAACAUGUAUGGACGGUUCUUUCUUCUUGCCACUUACUUGGCAGGGUGAAAGGUUGAUGCUUGACGGGAUGCUGUUUUAGCAAGUUCAGUUACUUGGAGCCACAAUGAUCUACGCAGGUUUGGAGGGAGGAUGAGCGAGCGUGCGGAUAUAUGUAUAUAAGGAAGCAGCAGCAUUUCUUGGGAAGUAUACGCAAAAAGUAAACGUAAUGGCUAUCGUCUUGUAUCAAAUCUGGGAUCGAACUCCUGCCGAGGUCUGGAUUUACCUCGGUAUUCUUGUUUUCAUUUGUCUCCUGUACGCCUUCAAGGAUUACAUACGAAUUUUGAGAUUUAUAUUCAGCCUUGACGGACCUGUGGCUCUACCAGUGUUGGGAAAUGCUAAUUAUGUAAUGCGCAAAGAUUUACUACAUAUAGUAUCGCACAAUGUUUAUAACGAUUAUGGACCAAUUUUUCGAUUCUGGCUGACCUUCUUACCCUACGUCACUCUCUUGGAGCCGGCGGAUAUACAAUGUGUACUUAGUAGUGCGAAACACACCGAAAAGAUAUUUUUUUAUAGACUACUCGACAAUUUCCUUGGGAAGGGAUUGAUCACCAGGGACGUUGUCACUUGGAAGGGACAUAGGAAGAUACUUCAACCGGCAUUUCAUCUUCAUCUACUCGAACGGUUCACCAAGUCGUUCUCAGAGUGCGCUACAAAUUUAAUGAACAAAAUUAUUAAUGAAGGUGGACGGGAUGUGAAUAUCACGAGUUUCGUUAAUGACUCUGUCUACGACAUUUUGAAUGAAACUGUAUUGGGAGUGACUUUAGCCAGUGGAAAGAACAAGCAGCUCGACAGCGAUGAUGACAUGCCGUUUAGAAAGGGGCAAGUGGUGGCACCUUAUCGUAUAACCAGGCCCUGGCUGCUCAUCGAGUGGAUUUACCAGUUAACGAGCAUUGGUCGAGCCGAGCAGAAGCAGCGCGAUGAGCUGUUCAAUGCCUGCCACAAGAUGAUGGAAAGGACCCGGCAAAAUAUUAUGAAAAACGGUUCAACCAUAACAGAUAGUUCGCAGAAUGCAGUCAAAAAAAUAUCCCUCUUAGAGUUCAUGGUCGAAAUCAGUGGAAAGCAUCCUGAAUUUACGGACGAGGAUAUUAUUAACGAAUGCUGCACCUUCAUGCUGGCUGGACAGGAUUCCGUUGGUACUGCAACGGCCAUGACACUUUUCCUUUUAGCCAAUCACCAGGACUGGCAGAGGAAUUGCUUCGAGGAGCUCGAGGAGAUUUUUGGAAAGGACGAGAGGUCCCCGACUAUGAAAGACUUUCGGGAUAUGAAAUGCCUCGAGAUGUGUAUUAAGGAGACGCUCAGACUAUUUCCUCCAGUUCCUUUUUUCGCGAGGACGUUAGGCGAAGAUGUUGUCCUCGGGAAACAAGUAAUUCCAGCAGGUUGUGGAGUCUUCAUCAUGCCUUACGCGACUCAUCGACUAGCUCAUCACUUUCCAGAUCCUCAUACGUUCAAUCCUCAAAGGUUUGAUCCUGAAGUUUCUAAUAAAAUGCAUCCUUAUGCGUUUCUGCCAUUUAGCGCAGGGCCCAGAAAUUGCAUUGGAAACAAAUUUGCAAUGCUUGAAAUGAAGUCGAUGAUCAGUGCCAUUAUACGCAAGUGUCACUUGGGUCCAGUGACCGGAAAGGAGGAUAUACGACCCAAAUUUCGACUGACUGUCAGAGCCGAGGGUGGACUCUGGGUGAAGAUCACACCACGUAGUGAAUUUAGGUACCAACCCUACAUGAACCUGUGAUGUCAGUUAUAUCUUUAGUAUUAUUUCACUGUAAAUAUUGAUACUAUAUUUUUACAUGCGUGCCUGCCUGCCUACGUACUUGCGAACAUAUAGCUGUACUUAUUGUGUUUGUACGCUUCAAGCAUAUAGAGAGGGUACUAUGAUUAUGUUCAGUGUAUCAUUGUAUAUAUACUUCGAUGAGUAUUUUUAUUCACAAGAAAAAUAAAAGCUCGGUCAGAGUCCGGCAAAUGGA